AUGGAAGAAAUCAACACAGUCCCCGAUGACGAUCAGACAGGACAUCUCACUGAAGAGCCGAUGAUUAGACGAUAUUGGUACCAACGUAUAGACUGGUGGGGAAUCAUUUUUACAAUGGUCGUUCCUCUCUAUGGCCUGUACCAAUUCUGGAAGAUCCCUCUGCAUCCGAAGACAUUCAUUUUUGCGGUAGUAUUCGGCCAUAUUUCGGGAAUUAGCAUUACUGCCGGUUAUCAUCGACUCUGGGCCCAUGCAUCAUACCGUGCUACCACACCACUAAAAGUAUUCCUCGCCAUUUUAGGGAGCAGUGCCGGUCAGGGCCCGAUUGAAUGGUGGGUGCGCAGUCACCGUACGCAUCACCGAUACACCGACACUGCCAAGGAUCCAUACUCUGCCCACAAGGGUCUUCUUCACUCCCACAUGGGAUGGAUUCUGUUUAGGAGAGACGCCAGGAUCUACCACGGGAUAGACAUGUCUGAUAUCAACAAUGACUUUGUGGUCCGGUGGCAAUGUCGCUACUACGGCGGCAUCUUACUGGCCAUGGUGUUCUUGUUCCCAACCGCAGUCUGUGGCCUCGGCUGGGGCGAUUGGAAAGGCGGCUUUGUCAAUGCCGGUAUCGUCCGCAUGUUUGCAGUUCAACAGGCUACGUUCUGCGUGAACUCCCUAGCCCACUGGAUGGGGGAUCAACCAUUUAAUGACAGGAACUCUCCGCGCGAUCACCUAAUCACGGCUAUCAUCACGCUUGGAGAAGGAUACCACAAUUACCACCAUGAAUUUCCCAUGGAUUACCGCAAUGGAGCGGACCGGUGGCAGUGGGAUCCAACUAAGUGGGUGAUCUGGUUGUGGGAGCAGAUGGGUCUUGCAUACGACCUGAUACGUUUUUCUACACAUGAUGUGGACAAGUGCCGUCUGCGACAGGCGCAGAAGAAACAAGCGUCGCACUCGGCCCGGGACGUUCCUUUGGAGGGCUUGCCAAGAGUCUCAUGGAAGGACUACAUAGUGCAAGCCAGAGACGGUAGGCGGGCACUGAUUGCUAUCGAUGGGGUGGUCCAUGAUGUAUCGAGCUUUAUGCCCGAGCACCCUGGAGGCAGUCAGUUACUCGAGGAUGCCAUCGGUCAAGAUGCCACUGAAUUGUUUACUGGAGGAGUACACCUGCAUUCCAGGCUGGCUCAUGGUAAGCUUGCUACCUUGAGUGUAGCCGUUGUUCGUGAGGUAUCAUGA